CCCGAGUAGCUGGGAUUACAGGCGCGUGCCACCACGCCCGACUAAUUUUUUGUACUUUUUAGUAGAGACGGGGUUUCACCAUGUUAGCCAGGAUGCUCUCAAUCUCCUGACCUCGUGACCCACCCGCCUCGGCCUCCCAAAGUGCUGGGAUUACAGGCGUGAGCCACCCCGCCCGGCCAAGAGACUGAUGGAUUUCAUAAAAAUGUAAAAUUUCACAUCAAAACAAUAUAAUCCCCAAAUCAAUUACGUAAGUCCAAACGUGGCAGAGCUGCCUGGCAGAAAAGGCAGAACCACUAGCUCCAUACACAGACACAGGAAACUCUGACCAAGAGGAGCAAGGGUCCCAUGCCCUAGGGCCAAUGGGGAGUAUCUGGAGACGGUGUCAAAAAAAACUCAAAGAGGCCAGGCGCGGUAGCUCAAGCCAGUAAUCCCAGCACUUUGGGAGGCCAAAGCGGGUGGAUCACUUGAGGUCAGGAGUUCGAGACCAGCCUGGCCAACAUGGUGGAACCCCCCCCAUCUCCACUAAAAAUACAAAAAUUAGCUGAGCGUGGUGGCAGGCACCUGUAAUCCCAGCUACUGGGAGGCUGAGGCAGGAGAAUCGCUUGAACUGGGGAGGUGGAGGCUGCAUUGAUCCGAGAUUGUGCCACUGCACUCCAGCCUGGGCAACAGAACAAGGCUGUCUCGAAAACAAAACAAAACAAAACAAAACACCUCAAAGGCCCCAGAGGAAGGCAAAACAAGGACACUGGAUCCCACAGUUAAACAAAAACAGCUGAGGUCACUUAAGUGGGAAUGUUUCUUCCCCUUGCAGUAGCAGGAGGCUUGGUGUGUCUCAUGCAAACAGCCCAUUUGCCCUUCAACCCGCCUCCCUGCCAACAACCGGCAGCCCCUCCUGCCACCUGCUCAGUGGCUUGCCUGUAAGCACAGCAUCACUGUCUGGCACAGCUUACCUUUUCUGUAGCCUGGUGACACAUGUGAUGUCUGUGCUCAGCCCAUCCACUCAUAACACAACAUUUCAUCUCUAUUCCCUGAAUCCCAAUAAUCCUCCCUAAGGACGGCAUGAUCACUGUCUUCGAUGGUUUAAAAGGUUGAUAAAUGAAAGAUUUGACUCUUUCUGUGUUGUACCCACCCACAGGGUGGAGAGGAGACUAACAGUGAAAUGAGCAUUUGGCAAAUGGCUGUUCAGAGAGGAAUUUCUCAAAAUUCUAACUGUGGUGGAGCAGUCAAAGGAGAAACGCCAAGGGUCUAGAGUAGAACGUGGUUUCCAGCUGUCUUGACAUCAGGGCUGCUGGCCCACAGACACACUUCCAGAGCCACCCCUUCCAGGGUCACCAUGGCCCAGUCCUGCUCCAGAUGCCAUCUGCCCAGCAGCCCAGGGGAGAGUGUCCAGCCUUCUAAUGUGAGCCUCAAUCUGAACCCCUUUCUAUAACAGAGGCCAGACCUCAUAAUCUCAUCAGCAGCUCUGGCCUGCUGCUGCCGUGGCCGCCCUCUCCAGCCACUGGCGUUAACUUCCAAUAACAUAGGGACUUCUAAAUGAAAUCCACUGUAAAAGGACAGGCCAUAUCACUUUAAAAGACAUUUGAAAACACUUUUGGUAAUGGCAAGAUUUGCAAUAAGUGUAUUACAUUAUCCCAAGAUCCAUGCUCACCGUCCACUGUCCACCACUGCCCCCUCAGCCCCUGGCCCCUGGCAGGCCAAUAGCAAUCUGCAGAAUGAAUGAAUGAAUGAAUGAAUGAAUGAAGUGCAUUUCAGAGACUGCAGCCUCAUUUGAGGGGAUAAUUUGGGGGUAGGCGCAGUUUUAGAGCCCCUCCUCUAUCUGCCACCUAUCCAAAGUCCUCAAGUGCAUGUUUAGACUAAUAAGCAAAUGAAGCCACCUGCAGCUCUAUCCUGUCCCCACCCCUUCAGGACUGUGUCAUUUUAUACAGGUUUAAAUUCCCUAUCAAGGAUAAGACUAGGCACAAAACAUGGGGGGUGGGGGAGGGGAUGCAAAAACUCAGUAAUCUUUUAAUGCAAUCUUUUAAAAAAUCGAAAUUAAUGCCAAAAAUCCAUAAUAAAAUAUUCAAAUUUAAUUUAAUUUGAUUUAUUUAUUUUGGGACGGAGUCUUGCUCUGUCUCAGCUCCCUGCAACCUCCGCCUCCUGGAUCCAAGCGACUCUCCUGCCUCAGCCUCCCGAGUAGCUGGGAUCACAGGCGUCCACGACCACACCUGCCCGGCUAUUUUUUGUGUUUUUAGUAGAGACGAGGUUUCGCCAUGUUGGCCAGGCUGGUUUCGAACUCCUGACCUCAGGUGAUCCACCUGCCUUGGCCUCCUAAAGUGCUGGGAUUACAGGCGUGAGCCACCGCGCCCGGCCCAGAAUAUUCAAAUUUUAAAUAAAGACAGGACCAGUAACAAUGUACCCUGUGGAGCCAUUUUAAGAGUCUGAGGCGAAAGGAAAAAAUAGGACUGAAUUUUUUCAUUACUUUUGACUUUUUUUAGAGACUGCAUUAAAAUAUUAUUUAUCUUGAUUGCUAUUUUGGCAGCCUCUGAAAUCCUGUGCUCAUGACAAAUGCCUCACUGGCCUCACCCUAGUCGCGGCCCGACCCUGCUAACGGUAUUUCUAGAAGAUGGGCAGAGGACAAGCCAAACCCCGGGAGGGACCACGCGGCCUGGGAAACAGUUCGGCAAGGAGGCCGGGCCCCUGUCCCGCCUCUGAGGGCGGAGGACUCGGCCUGCACCGGACCCAAGCGAGGGGCAGUCUGGCCUCUGCUGGCAGAAGCAGCGCUUCCAAGUAUUUUCAUAUGGUGACUUUGCAGAGCUGCGCGGUCCAGACGAGGGUUUCAGGCUGCAAAGCGGGAAAGUCUUGGGGGCCGCUCUGCGCUCCAAGACAGACGCCCACAAUCUCUUCUACGUCGUGCAACAUUCAAGUAGGCGGCCUCCUUCCCGCGCUUUCGCGCCCACACGCUGGGCCAAUCACAGUGCCGCACUUUUCAUACUGCCCGACAGGCGGUGGGCGGGCCGUUGGUGACUGUUACCCAGCAGGCGCCGCGGCUGCUCUGGUGGCGCCACUGGCUCGCAGGCGGCUGCGGAGAGCGGGGCGCUGGCUCGAGGAGGCGGCAGCGGCGGCGGCUAUCUAGCGGAUCCGAGAUUAUAUAUCUUUGAAUGAUGCAGGCCACUGCAGUGGUGGAGACAGCAUCUGGUAAAGGCUACCACAGUAAUGGAGGCAACCUCCAAAAAGAUAAACCUUCAAAUCCAAAGAAAGAAAAUUUGUUAUUAUCCUCCAAUGGUUGUGAUGAAGUCAAAUUGACUUUUCCUGAUGAUGACUGGGAUUCUUCGACACUAGAGCAAAGAGCUAAUAAUAAAGAAAUCAGCAAUAUUGACAAAAUGGAUUUAUUAGAGCCAUUUUUUUCAGUGAGUCAAGAUACUAACACAGAGAGUACUCAGUUUCAGUCAAGUGAACUUGAAGACAGUACUGACUAUGCUUUCUUGAAUAAAACAUAUUCUAUACCUUAUUCAGAGUCAAAACUAAAGAAGGAAAGUCUUACUCCUUUAAGUUCAGAAUUAGAUCCUGAAGUGCAGAAAAAAGAGGAGGUUUUUUUUUAUAUUUUGGAACAUCAAGAUAAGACUGUUGGCUUGGAAAGAAUCUACAAUAUUUCAGAUGCUAAUUAUAGAGAAAGUGCUGAAGAUACACAAAAGCAUGAUACAGAUGAAGACUCACAGCAGGAAUAUCACAGUGCGGAAGAACAAGAAUACAUAAGUAACCAUUUAUCUUUUGACCAAACAAAAACAUUAGGUAUAUCUAAUCCAGAAGUUGUUGAAUUAGGAAAUUCGGGUUAUGAAGUUAAAUGUGCUAGCAAUGUAGAAGAUAAUCGUGUUAACUCGGGAAGUGGUUCUAUCAUCUCUUUAGAUUCACUUGAUGUUUAUGGACAAGAAGAGUCACUUCAUGUCUCCAAAUUUCGGAAUUCUGUUAUGUUAAGAGAAUAUCAUGACCUAAAGCAUGAAAAGUAUAAGGAACAAGAGACUAGUUCAAUGUACCACACUGUAUUUGAUGGCAGUGUACUAAGAAGCAAUUCUCCAGGAAACCAGGAAUCUCAAUCUAAGAGGGGUUCCUUGAGCCCUCAAAAAGUAUUAAAAAUGAAAAUUUAUACUGAAAACAUGAAAUCUCAAAUAAAUGAAAGUAAAGAUUUGUGUGGAAAUAAAAUUGUUGAGGACAAAAUAUUACUGCACCUUGAAAAUCCUAGCACAUUACCACAGGAUAAAGCUUUAGAGACAUUACCCCAGCCCUGUAAAGAUUGUCAAACUUCCUGGACCUCUGUUUUUGAUGAUUCAAUAAUUUCUGCCUGUGGAUAUUAUGAAAGCCUACAAAACACCGCUGACUCAGCCUUAGAUUUUUCUGCUAUGCUACCAAAGAUCGCAGUCAGAGAUAAUCAGGCAAUAGAAGAUAAUACUUCCCUAAAAGUUGCUCAUAGCAGUACCACAAAGAAAACAUGCUUUCACAAUAUAGGAGAAACGUGUACUAAAUCAUUGACAGAUGCAGCAAGUUGUACAGUCACAAUUAAUCAGACAGUGGAUGUUAGCACUGAUUUUAGGGCUUGUUUCACAACCAGCAGGGCAACAAGUGCAAGACCUUCUGUAGUAUCUACAUCAAGCAACACAGAGAUAACAAUGAUGAAUAAAAAACGACCUGAUGAAUGGCAAAAUGAGAAACAAAAAAGUGUGGCUUGUAGUACAGAUUGGUCAUACAGUGAAGAUUGUAUAGAUACACAGAUGGCUAUAACAAAAGGAUCAGGAAAAUCUCCCUCAGUUGACAGUUUAAAACCUAAUGGAAAUUUUCUAAAUAAGGAUUUCCUGGAAUUAAGAAAAGCAUGUGGUAUCACAGACCUAAAGAAACAUCCUGAGAGGGAAUCUCAACUUUUUAAAGAUACAGAGAAGGAUUUGCCAUCAAUGUGCUGUCAGAAGAUAAUGCAGAGAGCCAUAAAAGCAGAGCUGCACCUUUUAAAUGUUCACUAUCAGAUGUGUCGUCGCCAUUGUUGUGAUAUUUACAAACUUGUAAUGGAAAAUAGGGAAGGAUUAAAUAUGAAUUUAUCAAGUAAUUCUGCUAAGAAGGAAUUGCGAUCAGCACUACUGUCUCUUUUGGGGGACUUAAAAGUUAGAUAUGUGACUUUGAAAGAAAAAAUACACAAAGGCAUACCACUGGAAGAGCUGCCCCCACUGUCACUAGAAUCAAAAUUAUUAUCUACCUUCUCUACUUUUGCUUCCAGGCUAAUGAAAAAAGAAACACAUGUCUUUUCAGAAGCAGAUGCUGAACAAGAUGAUCAAAGGGCUCAUGAUGUUGAUGUUUCUUCGAACCUAAAAAAGACACUCUCUCAAAUGUCUUUAUCAUCUCACAAUAGUCAUGCUACACAAAACAUAUCACCCAAGAAAGAUGACUUUAAAAAUGGUGAUAUAAAUGCAGACUUUAGUCAACUGAAACUUGAUGAUAAAGACUGCAGACAUUACCAAGAGAUAAGUGAAGACUGGUCUGAUGCCAAGGAGAACCUGACAGGAGUUGACAUCUCAGGAACACAAGAAAAUCAAAUAGAACAAGACAGAUGGAAUUUGGAUCUUACAGUAGAAAUGAAGAAUGUUGAACCCUCACAAAGAGAUAAAGGUUAUUUGAUACAUGUUGGUGGCCUCUGCCCUUCAGUAUCUGAGGCCGAUUUAAGGUCUCAUUUCCAAAAAUACCAAGUUUCUGAAAUUUCAAUUUAUGAUUCUACUAAUUACAGAUAUGCAUCUCUUGCUUUUACAAAAAACAGCGAUGCAAAGAUAGCUGUGAAAGAAAUGAAUGGGAUAGAAAUAAAUGGAAAGUCAGUAAAUGUGUGGCCUGUUAAAAUUCUUGGAGAAUAUACAUCACCACUUUCCUCCAAAAAUGGGAAUAGAAUUAGUUUGAAUAAUUUAGAGAAAAGCACCAACAAACAAAUCCACUCAGAAUUCUCCAUUUCUAGAUUGCCCAGAACUAGGCCACGGCAGCUGGGUUCUAAGCAAGACAGUGAGGUUUUCCCUUCCGACCAGGGUGUCAAGAAGAAUUGUAAGCAGAUUGAAUCUGCUAAAUUAUUACCUGAUACACCCGUUCAAUUCAUACCUCCAAAUACAUUGAACCUUCGUAGCUUUACCAAGAUCAUAAAGAGACUGGCUGAACUGCAUCCAGAAGUCAGCAGAGACCAUAUUAUAAAUGCACUUCAGGAAGUGAGAAUAAGACAUAAAGGUUUUCUGAAUGGCUUAUCUAUUACUACUAUUGUGGAGAUGACUUCAUCUCUUCUGAAAAACUCUGCUUCCAGUUAGGAAUUCAAAAAACAAUAAAGAGAACUUCCUUGGAAAGUGUGUUUCCUCCUUCAGAGAAUGUUCUACAGCACUUAGGAAAAAGUAGUAAUAACAAGAUGAUGUAAUUAAAUAGGCUCUAUAAAUGGGCUAAGCUGUUAAAAUAUUCUACUUUAUAUCCCUCCUUUAAAAUCUAGCAACAGUUGUCUAUACAAUAUUAAGAUCUUCUCUAUAUAUUUAAAGUUAAAAUAUAAUUUUAAUAAGUCUUUAAAUUUUUUUAUUUCAAUUUUGUUACUUAGAACAUUAAGAUGCAUAUUUGUGAUCUAAAGAAAUCGUCUUGUCCAUUUUAAAAACCUUUAUUAAGUCACUUUUAAAAUGUAUUGACCAAGAAGGAGGUUUGUUGUUACAUCAAUGUUUGUGAAAUGAUUUCCAUACAUAAAAAAUGUAAUUUACCUGAACUUUGUCUUAAGACUCUUACAUUGGAUUAUAGGAUAACAGAUAAACAAACUGUAUAGAUACAUUCAGUAUCAUACAACAUUUUGGAAUGUGUAUGCUUUCAGGCUUCCAAGAUAAUUAAAUUACUGUCAUGAUACAUUUCAUGCAUUUUUAUGACUUCAGUAUAAAACAUUCAGGUGUGUUAGCCUUCCCUGGGAAGGGUAAACUUGUAUGUGCUUUGGUAAAGUACUUAAAUUCCAAUGUUCCCUAUAGUGCUUGCAUUCAUUUUGUGAAAAGUUUUGUUGUAUUGUUAGAACAAUUUUCAAAGGCUAAUUUUAUGCCUUAUCUGAUAGAAAUAUAGAAUAGAUAGUUCUUUAAUUGCUUACUUUUUAAAAGUAAUAUAAUAUUUAAGUUGCAUUUUUAUUAAUAGUAAGAUUAACAUUUAAGUCUGCAUUUUCUUUAAAUGUCUGAAAUGUUUAUAGCAUUCAAUGUGUAGUUGGUUUUACUUGACUAAAAAUUAGCCCUUUAACGUUUAUAUUUGAUGUAUUUAUAUUUAAUAAAGGCAUCUAAUCUUUA